AUGGCUCCAGGACACGGUGCUACCCCAACAGGGACCGGAGCCGUGAGCCUUUUAAAUCUCCACAGCAACCCCCGGCGGCUGCCAGCUAACACCCUGACGGCCGUGGCCCUGUCCCGCCUGGCUGCCCGGACGAAGAAGUCCUCCUACUGGUACCUGCUGGCCCUGACAGCCUCCGACAUCCUCACCCAAGUCAUCAUCGUCUUCAUGGGCUUCCUCCUGCAGACGGCCAUCCUGGCCCACAAAGUGCCUCGGGCCUUCCUCCACACCGGCAACGUGCUGCAGUUUGCCACGCACCACGCCUCCAUCUGGGUGAUGGUGCUGCUGCAGGCCGACCGCUACGUGGCCCUGUGCCACCCGCUGCGCUAUCGCCGGCUCUCCUACCCCGCGCGCACCCGCAAGCUCAUCGCCGCCGUGUUCGGUGCGGCCCUAGCCACCGGCAUCCCCUUCUACUGUUGGGGGCGGGCCCUCUGGCGCGCCGCCCGGCCGCCCACCGCCGUGGACACGGUGCUGAAGUGGAGCCACUGCUUCGCCAUGUACUUUGUCCCCUGCGGCAUCUUCCUGGCCACCAACUCGGUCAUCGUCUGCAAGCUCCGGCGGGGGAAGCGGGGGGAGGGGCCCCGCCGGCGCGUGGGCAAGUCCGUGGCCAUGCUGAUGGCCGUCACCGGCGCCUUCACGGUGCUGUGGGCACCCCGGACGUUCAUCAUCAUCUUCCACCUCUCCACGGAUGCCGCCACCAAGGAGGAUCCCGCCAGCAAGGACUGGAAGGUGCACGUGGCCCUGAACCUGGCCAACAUGCUCGCCAUGCUCAGCACCACCGUCAACUUCUUCUUCUACUGCCUCGUCAGCAAGACCUUCCGCCGGACGGCGGGCCAGGUGAUCCGCUCCUGCACCCCCUUCUGCGCUGAGCAGGGGCGGCUGCCCGCCGAGGGAGGCUUCCUGCGUGCCGCUCGGCUGGGGCUGCUGGAGAGCGUGUCCCGAUAGGCAAUGCCGUCGCCCCGGAGCCAGGGACCCCGGAAAGCACAGCUUGGCCACUCGGCCCCUUGCAUCCCGGCCCCUGCAGCAGCCAGGGCAGAGCGGUGGGCAGGAGGCAGCUAGCACUGGGAUGCCAGCAGGUACAGCGGCCCCAGCACAACGGGAACCCUUGGACCUGGUGCCCGACUUGAGUCAUCCGUGAUCGCUGUGAAUUCAUGCUGUGAGUGCGGGAGGGAACCAGGCCGGCCCGAUCCUGGGCCCACGACACCGAACUGGGCAAGCGCCAGGCCUGGUGCACCAGGCUGCUUCCCCCCAUGCCGCUCUCCCACGAGGACCGUCUGAGACCCCUGCCAGGGUCAGGCUGCAGGGAGCCUUUUUAAUGCCAGAGGGAGGAGACACGCAGCUCUUCGGGGAUCCUGCAGGGGGUGCUCUGCAGUUCUAACCCGGACCCCAGGAAAUAUUGAUUGUCAGGAGGGGAAGCCGAGAGGGGGAGGAACGAAAGGGCAGGUACCCAGGAUCCCUGACAGUUUCCCGUUCUAACCACUAGGCCAGGCUGCUUUACUGCCCAUCGCUCCCGAAGCAAAGGGCUCUGCCUGCGGGACACUGACGUUGGGACCCACCCUGCCCAGGUCACCGGACACAAGUCCAGUAGAGCUCCA